CGCUCUUUAUUACCUCCCUCUCCGUCACCUCCAUGGCGGAGCCAAAAACCUCACAUCGUCUUCCCUUCUCCUCCUCUCCUGGGGUCCUGCUUCUCAACCGAUCAUGUCGCUCAAGGGCAAGCUCAAGAUCCCCAAUAGCUUCAUGCCUCGCCUUCCCGAUCGAUCCAAAACAACCAUGCAGAAGAAGAAGGAUGCCGACGGCGAUGGAGGUGAAAUAGAGGAUGAGGAGCUCCUCACUUUCCAUUUUUUCUUAGGAAUAGGUAGAUCUGAUGGGGAAAGAUGGCCAACCGAUGGUGAGGAGAACGGGUUUUUUUCCGAGGGAUCGUCUAGGUUGAGAACACUCUUCAGGAUCGAGGGCAAGGAGGUUUCUUUGGAGAAACGAUCGGAGUUGGAAUUCCAGCUUUCCCAGAAUGUCAUAAAUUUGGAAGUGUUGCAAUCAAUUGCCUGCUGUGGUGACCUUGAUAGAGAUUUCCGCUCAAUUGUUUGGAAGCAGUUAUUGUUGGGCUAUUUACCCACUCAGAAACAUUUAUGGGAAGAAGAACUUGUCAAGAACAGAUUAAGAUUUUCUGAACUGAAAAGAGAACAUUUAGUAAAUCCUUCAGAACAUUCCGCUGAGGAUGAGUUGGUAAAUUCAACUAGACAUUGUCAAGAUAAUGAUACUGGUGGAUUGCUUUGCCGGCGUGAAAUCUCAAAUGGGGACCAUCCAUUAUGCCUUGCAAAUGGUAGCUUCUGGAAUCAAUAUUUCAAGGACGCAGAGAUUGUUGAGCAAAUUGAUCGCGAUCUCCACCGAACACAUCAAGAUUUGAACUUUUUCUCUGGCAAUUCCUCCUUUAGCAGGAAGAACCUAGAGGCUAUGAGGAAUAUUCUUCUUCUAUUUGCUAAAAUGAAUCCAGCAAUUGGUUAUGUGCAAGGAAUGAAUGAGGUCUUAGCCCUGCUAUACUAUGUAUUUCGUAUGAACCCAGAAGGCGAAGAUGCUUCAGCUGUUGAAGCAGAUAGUUUCGAAUGCUUUGUUCGACUAUUGAGUGGCUCUGUGGACCAUUUCUGUCAACAACUAGAUAAUAGCUCUGUUGGAAUCCAUUCUACUCUCCUGCAUUUUUCUCAACUUCUUAAAGCCAAUGAUGAAGAACUUUGGCGACAUCUUGAUAACUCCAAGAUGAAUCCUCAGUUCUAUGCAUUCAGGUGGAUUACCUUGCUACUAACCCAGGAAUUUGAACUCUCGUCUAUCAUGAGGAUAUGGGAUUGUCUUCUCAGCCAUCCUUCCGGGGUGCAAGAUAUGCUACUGCGAGUCUGUUGCGCUAUGUUGCUAUGCGUCAGAGGCGAUCUCUUGUCCGGCGAUUUCAUAUCGAACUUGAAGCUCCUUCAGCACUACCCUAAAGUUGACCUGGAAAAUCUUUUGGAUGUAGCACAUCAUCUGAUUCCCAUAACAAGUCCUCGGCCUUUUGGUAUCAUGCCUUAGAAGCUAUUGGCAAGUUCUAAUGUUUACUUGCAAUUCAAUGGAGAUGUGCUCGUCUGAUACGUUUUCUUUGUUAUUUAAUGGUGAAACAAAAUUUAUAUAGUUGACUUUAAAUAGUCACAGUUAAUAUAUUCCUUUGCGAUGCUGAAGUUUUCUUUUGGGGGAUAAAAAUGGGUGAUAUUUGAAAUAUGUUUCCUCAGCGGUAAAAGGGAACCGAUUUCA